UUCAUUUUUAGUACAUUUAAUCAAAGAUUUUGUUACUCCAGCUGCUAGUUUUUAACUUAAUUUAUUAAUUUGCAACAAAUAUUAAACAACAAUAAAGAAUUGAAUGCAUAAAAAAACAAUAGCACUUCACUUCAGGUAUUCCUUUGUGGUUCCAAACCGAACCAAACAGAUUAAAGUAAAGGCCUAAGAGAUAUAGUUUAAGUAUAUAUCGGUUUUUACAGCAGUUAUGGUAAAACUCCUUGUUGGUGUGGCGGUAACAUUGUUACUGCAAACUACUUCAGCUAUUACGGCCAAAAGCUUAAAACUUAAUUCCAAUGUACGUAUCAGAACUAGACAAGAAUGGGUAGCACAACCUCCAUCCAAAAGACUGCCUAGCCUCCCUAGAGCUGUGCCGAAUAUUGUUGUAUAUCAAACAGCGACGGACACGUGCAAAUCCCAUGCCCAAUGUGUAUUUAGAGUUAGAUACUUACAAACAUAUGAUAUUGAAAGCAGAAGCAUGAGCGAUAUUGCAUACAAUUUUCUGGUCGGUGGAGACGGUGCCAUCUACGAAGGCAGAGGAUGGAAGUUUCAUGGUGAUCAUAAUGAAGAAUACAACAGUAAAAGUUUAGGAAUAGCGUUCAUCGGAACUUUCGCCAAUGCCAAACCCACCAAGAUUCAAAGUAUGACGUUUAACAAACUGGUCAAUAAAGCGUCGAAAGAAAAACGUUUGAAAAGAGACUACAAACUACUGAUCGACAAGGGUUCCGGUGACCAAUUGAUUGCACUAGUAAAAAAUUGGCCACAUUUUGCUGGAGAAGUCUAAAUUGAAUAUUUAAAAAUACAUACAAAGUGGUCCAUUUAGCGAGGAAGUCCAAUAUCGACGUUGUUGACAAAGAUAUGAAAAAAGUUUUAUAUAGAAGUUUUAUAAAGGUGCAUAACCUAAAAAUAUUUUGUUGUAUACAAGGUGUUUUUAAAAAAAAUAUGAUGAAGUUUUAAGUUCUUUUUAAAUUGCACCCCCCAUUUUUAUGUACAUAAUUUGCUUCUGCAUAAGAUUCUGCAUUCUGCAUUCUAUAUAUAGUAUACUAUUUUUGUUGGAAGCAGUAUGCGGU